AUGUCGACCGACAUGAUGCGCGCUGUGGUCAUGCAUCAAAUUGGGGGUCCUGGGGUCUUAAAGCUCCAAACCGUGCCCAAGCCAAGUCCUGCUGCCGGAGAGGUCCGUAUCCGUGUCAAGGCGUUUGGCCUCAACCGAUCGGAGAUGUUCACUCGCCAAGGCCAUUCUCCCGGGGUGAGCUUUCCCCGCAUUCUCGGCAUAGAGGCAGCCGGAGUCAUUGAUGUCACCUCGGCAGAAUCUGGCUUUCAAACAGGUGACGUUGUUGUUACUGCUAUGGGAGGCAUGGGUCGUGUGUUUGAUGGCGGAUACGCUGAAUACACGGUAGUGCCUGCCUCCCAGGUGCGACUUGUCAAAACAACUGAGGCAUUUGGGCCUGACCGCCCUGUGAGGUGGGACCUCCUUGGGGCCCUCCCGGAGCUCAUGCAGACGGCAUGGGGAUCGUUGAUGACCAGUCUUCAGCUAGAGCCUAGUGAUCGUCUGUUAGUUCGUGGAGGAACUACCAGCGUGGGAUUGGCCGCCGCAUUCCUCGCUCGAUCCCAUGGAGCCUCAGUCACGGUAACGACUCGAAAUCCAGCUCGCAUUGAUUUUUUGCGUGCUCUCGGAAUUGACGAUAUCAUUGUUGAUCGAGGAUCGAUUCUCGAAGAGGUCUUGAAGCGGGCUCCAUUUAGUAAAGUCCUUGAGCUUGUCGGGGUUACCACUCUGGAAGACUCUUUGCGAUGCGUGGCGCCUGGUGGCACCGUCUGUAUGGCCGGUAUCGCGGGCAAUAAAUGGACCUUCGACCAGUUCACUCCCAUGGAAUCUAUCCCAACAUCUGUGAAGUUGACCACAUACGCAAGCACCACGGAUGCCCUGCUUCAAACUCCCAUUGAAGCAAUUGCCCGGGAUGUUGUCAAUGGAACAAUACCUUUGCCCAUCAAAACAUUUCCCAUUGAGAGCAUUGUGGAAGCUCAUCAGUUAAUGGAAGAAGGGGCGAUGGCUAAAAUCGUGAUAUUGGUUUAA